AUGGCUUUCGUCAUAUGUUCUAUGAGGCUGGUUGUACGGUAUUUCGUGGUGCACAGAUUCGGCAUCGAUGAUGUGAUGAUAAUGAACUCGCUAUUCGCGGCCCUCACCAUCGCCACCACCUACCACGGCGUAGGCGAGCAUCUAUGGAACGUCUCCUCCAGGACUCUGCAGACACUGUUCAAAAUCUACUUCGCCGCGCUCUGUAGCUACCUCUACGUCGCGCUCUCGGUGAAGAUCAGCCUCCUCGUCUUCCUGAUGCGGCACUUCCCUGAUGCCAUCAUCCAAAAGACCGGGCGAGGACUGGUAGUGUUCCUCGUGGUGUUCACGAUCACCGGGCAGCUCCCGUUGACAUUCCAGUGCUCGCCCGUGCGCGCCAUGUGGGAGCCGGUCGAGGGCGCCAGGUGUUUGGGCAAAAACACCUUGUUUGCCAUCACCGUCUAUCAGGCCGUCGUGAUGUUCGUGACGGACGCGAUCAUCCUCGUCCUCCCGUUGCGCCCGCUGUGGAGGCUGAAAGUCCCGCUAAGGGAAAGGAUUCCGUUGAUUGGAUUGUUCGGACUUGGAACCAUCGCCUGCGCUGCCUCGCUGAUCCGCUUCACGACGCUGGCGUACACCAAGGACGAGGUGGACUUUACGUACUCGGUAGCGAAGAGCGGGAUCUGGAUGAACGUCGAGUUCUCGUUCGCGCUGAUGGCGGGGUCUUUGCCGUCGCUGCGGGUUAUCCCGGGGAUACGGCGGUUGGCCGGGUAUCUGUCGCGGGACGCCGAGAAUAGUGGGGAUACCGGGACUGUGGUCGAAGCAUAUGUGAGGAAGCCGAGGGGGAGGCAGAGAGGCUUUGCGACAAGAGAGUUGGAGAGUGGUAGUCGCCAGACGGAAGGCAGGAGGAGUCCGCUCGGUGGCGAGGAAAUGGUGCCGCUGAGUGGAAGGCGAGGGAGUAAUUGA